AUGGUCCUCACGGAGCACACUAUGGUGAUGAUGAUACACCAACGCCCGGACUAUCACAAGUUGACUGUGGCACAAGUUAUAUCAACCUUCUCAACUCAUGUUCUUUUGGAGACCAAGUCCGAGAAGACCUUUGGCAUUGCUCAAGCAACUUGGAACACAAACCUUGCAUUGAAGGACAAUAAAGUGGUUGUGCAACCAUCAAGAGUGGAAGAUGUUGUUGAAGAAAGUUGUGAGGAAAAAGAUGACACCUUAUGUGUGGCAAAUGACUUUGCGAAAGACUUGGCUCUUCUGGUCAAGAAAUAUCCGGGCACCAUGACAAACAAGGGGAAGAACCUCAAUGGAAAAUCCUUUGGAAGGAGAAAGUGUUACAAUUGUGAUAGGCCAAGACACUUUGUGCAUGAUUUCCCGUAUGAGGGACGUGAAGACAAAUCCGAGAAGCUUGUGCCCAUGAAGAAGAAAUUCUCCAAGUUCACCAAGAGGAAUGAAGACAAGGCUCUUUUUCAUGAGGAGUACAUGUCGGGAGGUGAAGAUGAUGGUGAUGAUGCAUGA